UUGCAUGUUAAUAACAUUGUUUUUACUAAACUUAGCUUGAUUCUGAAUGACAACUGUAAUUACUGUUUACUAGUAGCUAGUUGUAUAUCAGUCGUGAAGGAGUGCGGCGCACUUCAGACGCGCGCUCAGUAAUAAUGCUUGACCAACUCUCAUUUAAUUAUCUUCUAAAGUACUGACUAUUAUCAUUAUUUGUGCUGUGGAAUUGAGUGGACUGUGAUGUAGGAAUCCAAUUUGUUUCUUGACUUUGAACUUCAUUUAAUGGAGUGGAUGACAGGUAUUUAGCGAGCAUUUUGAUCAGUUUUGUGGCACGCAGACACUGAAGAUUGUACUACUUAUCAUUUUCUAACAAGACAGCAUAAGUGCGUGAUGUCGGGUGAGACUCCGAUCCAGUCGGCGGACGGGCUCCACACGCCAGCCUACUUGUCAUGGAGGAAGCUGCAGCUCAGCAGGGCAAAGCUCAAAGCCUCCAGCAAGACAUCAGCUCUACUCUCCGGAUUCGCUAUGGUAGCGAUGGUUGAGGUCCAACUUAAUCCUCCUGACAACACGAAAGUGCCUAACGAAAUGCUAGUAGCCUUCACAGUAUGUACGACACUACUAGUUGCAGUGCACAUGCUGGCUCUUAUGAUAAGUACAUGUAUCCUGCCGAACAUCGAAGCCGUUGGUAAUCUCCACAGCAUAUCCCUCGUCCACGAAUCGCCACACGAACGACUCCACUGGUACAUAGAGAUAGCGUGGGCCUUCUCCACGCUACUUGGACUCAUACUGUUCCUCAUAGAGAUAGCCAUACUCUGCUGGGUCAAGUUCUACGACCUGAGUCCGACGGCAGCAUGGUCUGCUUGCGUCGUCCUCAUUCCAGUCAUGAUUGUGUUCCUAGCGUUCGCUAUACACUUCUACAUGUCGUUAGCCAGGCACAAAUACGAAGUGACAGCCACAGGUAUUAAAGAACUUGAAUUGCUCAAAGAACAGAUCGAAAUGGGUGACCAUGAUGCUCGUAUGAAUAAUUUGACGUUGCUUGACCAAAGCCGCAUCGUUUGAUUGUCGACGUGAGUGUCCUAUGUCCUAUUUGGAAUGUUAUAUUACCUUUUGUUUGUGAGUGUACACCAUUGAUUAUUAGGUAAGUUAUUAUGUACUUAGAUUGUUAAGAUUGUACUUAUUGAGUGC